AUGAUCUCCUCUUGGUUUGUUGGAGAUCUAGUGCUCGAACGGGAUGAUGCGAAAGUGAAACAUGUCAUUCAUGCAAUCGGCACCUCGAGCCAUGAACGAGGCAAGGAGUUUAAAGCAAAGCAUUGUCCAAAUCAGAACCCAAUAAUCUACAAUUCCUAUGAGGGUGUUUAUAACGAUAAAGAUGUCGACAUUGUAUACAUUGGCACACCGCAUGCCUUCCAUUAUCGCGAUUCUAUGGCUGCCAUUACCGCCGGCAAGAACGUCCUUUGCGAAAAGGCAUUUACAAUGAAUGCCUCUCAGGCAAAGGAGCUAAUCAAAGCCGCCAAAGAAAAAAAUGUCUAUAUUUCCGAGGCUAUGUGGCUACGUCACCGACCUCUAGUCCGCGAGCUGGUGCGGGUUCUUCAUGAAGAAAAGGCAAUUGGAAAUAUCCUUCGGGCAUUCACCGACUUCUCAUCUGGCGUUGGGGAUAUCGCUUCAUUGCCCCCGGAUUCCAGAUACCGUGAUCUUGCACUUGGGGCCGGAGCGUUGCUUGAUAUUGGCGUCUAUGUUCUGACUUGGAUCACUCUCGCACUGAGAGGAGAUGCGUCUGCAGAAAUUGAAAUACCACAAAUUAUGGCAAGCCAGAUCCAUGAGGAAGGUAUCGAGAUAACAACAAGUGCAGUGCUUCACUAUCCUUCGACAGGCCGCCAUGGUAUUGCAACUUGUACCACUAAAGAGCUUGGUCGUCCCGGUGAGAUUUUCGCAGUUAUCUACGGUACUGAAGGCUGCGUCGAGGUUGAGGGAAGGGCACCUUCCAUACCUGAGUCCUUUACUGUAUGGCCAAAGCAACUGUCUGGAGAAUCGGAUCGAUGCCAAUUCCCGCGAGAAAAGUAUAAGGGGAAAAGAUACGAUUUUACAACCCCGGGUCGAGGCUUCACAUAUGAGGCGGAUAAUGUGGCACUCGAUGUUCUGGAGGGGCGAAAGGAGAGCCGUAUUAUACCAUGGGCUGAGACAGUCCAUGUUAUGGAAAUCAUGGAUGAGAUCAGACGUCAGGGCGGGACUGUCUACCCUGGGGAGUGA